UCUUUCCUUUCUCCACUCUCAUGGCCGCAACGGUCAUCUUCUACCUUCACUUCACCUUCUUCGCCGCCGUUUUCUCUCAACUCCCUCACACCUCCGCCGUUUCAUCAGAGAUUCAAGCACUCACAUCCUUCAAACUCUCUCUCCACGAUCCUCUCGGCGCUCUCGACGGCUGGAAUCAAUCGUCUCCCUCAGCUCCAUGCGACUGGCGCGGAGUUUUAUGCUUUUCCGGCCAUGUCCGAGAGCUUCGUCUUCCCCGUCUCCGCCUUACCGGCCACCUCAGCCCUCGACUCGGCGAGUUAACUCAGCUCCGUAAACUCAGUCUUCACUCCAACGACAUAAACGGCGCCAUUCCGUCGUCUCUUUCUCGUUGUGUCUUCCUCAGAGCGAUUUAUCUCCACUACAACUCCUUCUCCGGCGAGUUUCCACCGGAAAUACUAAAUCUAAGGAAUCUCCAGGUGCUCAACGCUGCUCACAACUCACUCACCGGGAUUAUAUCUGGCGUUACAGUCUCCAAGAGCCUCCGUUACGUCGAUUUGUCUUCCAAUGCAUUAUCCGGUAAGAUCCCGGCGAAUUUCUCGGCGGAGUCUUCUCUCCAGCUCAUCAACCUCUCGUAUAACCGUUUCUCCGGCGAGAUCCCGGCGACUUUCGGGCAGCUACAAAAGCUAGAGUAUCUAUGGCUAGACUCGAACCAGUUACAAGGCACAAUACCAUCGGCAUUGGCUAAAUGUUUGUCGCUUGUACACUUCAGCGCAGCCGGAAAUUCCCUCUCCGGUCUGAUUCCGGCGACUUUGGGGAAGAUUCCAAGUCUUCAGGUGAUUUCAUUGUCGGGAAAUUCACUCGGAGGUAAAGUUCCGUCGAGUCUUCUCUGUGGUUCCUCCAUGCGAAUUAUUCAAUUGGGAGUUAAUAACUUCACGGGAAUAGCUAAGCCGUCAAAUGCAGCCUGCGUGAACCCUAAUUUGGAGAUUCUCGACGUUCACGAGAACCACAUUUAUGGCGAUUUUCCCGCGUGGUUGACCGAUUUGACCUCAAUCAUGGUUUUGGAUAUAUCUGGGAACUUCUUCUCCGGCAAAUUUCCGGCUGAAAUCGGGAACUUCCCGGCGCUUCAGGAGCUGAGAGCAGCGAAUAAUUCCUUUGUUGGAGAAAUCCCGACGAGCAUCGGAAAAUGCAGAUCGUUGCGAGUCGUCGACUUCGAAGGAAACAAGCUCUCGGGUCAGAUUCCGGGUUUUCUGGGUCAGUUACGGAGUCUAACGGCGAUUUCUCUCGGAAGAAACGGGUUCUCGGGUCGGAUCACAUCGGAUCUUCUCAGUUUAUACGGACUCGAAACCUUGAAUCUAAACGAAAAUCAUCUCACAGGAGCUAUACCGUCGGAGAUAACAAAGCUCGCCAAUCUCAGCAUACUGAAUCUCAGCUUCAACAGAUUUUCCGGCGAAAUCCCGGCCAAUGUGGGUGAACUAAAGAGCUUGAGCGUACUAAACCUAAGCGGAUGCGGGUUAACCGGUCGGAUUCCGGUUAGCAUUGGCGGGUUAAUGAAGCUUCGGGUAUUGGAUCUAAGUAAACAGAGAAUCUCCGGUAAAUUACCCAUCGAACUCUUUGGCUUGCCGGAUCUUCAAGUGGUUGAUUUAGGCAACAACGCGCUUGACGGCGUCGUACCGGAAGGUUUUAGCAGCUUGGUUAGUCUACGGUUCUUAAACCUCAGUUCCAAUUUAUUUUCCGAUCAUAUCCCUUCGAACUACGGGUUUCUCAAGUCAUUACAAGUGUUUUCCAUGUCUCACAAUCGGAUCUCCGGUUCAAUCCCGCCGGAGAUUGGGAAUUGCUCAAGUCUUGAGGUUCUUGAGCUCGGUUCGAACAAUUUCAAGGGUCACAUUCCGGUUCGGUUUUCAAAUCUGUCUCGUUUGAAGAAGCUUGAUUUGAGUCACAACAAAUUAACAGGAGGCAUUCCGGGUCAGAUUUCUAAGGAUUCGUCUCUUGAAUCUCUACUGCUUGAUUCGAAUACUCUAUCGGGUCCAAUACCGGAAUCGUUAUCAAGAUUGGUGAACCUAACCGCGUUAGAUCUUUCGUCGAACAGAUUGAAUUCUACAAUACCAUCAAGUCUCUCUCGGCUACAUUCACUUAACUACUUCAACGUAUCAAGAAACAGCUUGGAAGGGGAGAUUCCAGAAGCUCUAGCUGCACGUUUCAACAACACGUCUGUCUUCAUUAAUAACCCGAAACUCUGUGGUAAACCGGUUGGUUUAGAAUGUCAAAACGUAAGGAGAAGAAGAAGAAGAAAGCUGAUUCUACUUGUAACACUAGCAGCGUCUGGAGCGUUGUUGCUCUUACUCUGUUGCUGCGGUUAUGUGUUCAGUCUAUGGAGAUGGCGGAAGAAAAUAAGAUUGGGUCUGACUCGGGACAAGAAAGGAACACCGUCACGUACAUCACGAGCGAGUUCUGGUGGGACUAGAGGAGAGGACAACAAUGGUGGACCUAAACUCGUGAUGUUCAACAACAAGAUCACAUUAGCUGAAACCUUAGAAGCCACAAGACAGUUCGACGAAGAAAACGUAUUGAGCCGAGGAAGAUACGGGUUGGUUUUCAAGGCGAUAUUUAAAGACGGGAUGGUUUUAUCGGUUCGUAGACUCAUGGACGGUGCUUCCAUAACCGACGCGACGUUUCGUAGCCAAGCUGAGGCUUUAGGUAGAGUGAAGCACAAGAACAUCACGGUCUUGAGAGGGUAUUAUUGUGGACCGCCUGAUCUGAGACUUUUGGUUUACGACUACAUGCCAAACGGAAACCUCUCUACGCUUUUGCAAGAAGCUUCACACCAAGACGGACACGUCUUGAACUGGCCAAUGCGUCAUCUCAUCGCGCUUGGAAUCGCUAGAGGACUCUCUUUCUUGCAUUCUUUGUCAAUCAUUCACGGCGAUUUGAAUCCGCAGAACGUACUCUUCGAUGCAGAUUUCGAAGCGCAUUUGUCUGAAUUCGGUUUAGAUAGGCUUACCACGUUGACUCCAGCUGGAGAACCGUCCAGUUCGUCGACUCCGGUUGGGUCUUUAGGUUAUGCUGCACCCGAAACGGCUUUAAUGGGUGAAACGAGUAAAGAGAGCGACGUGUACAGCUUUGGGAUCGUGUUGUUAGAGAUCUUGACUGGGAAAAGAGCUGUGAUGUUUACGGAAGAUGAAGAUAUAGUGAAAUGGGUGAAGAGACAGUUGCAAAAGGGUCAGAUCGUUGAGUUGCUUGAACCGGGUUUGUUGGAGCUUGACCCGGAAAGUUCCGAGUGGGAAGAGUUCUUGUUGGGGGUUAAAGUUGGUUUGUUGUGUACUGGAGGUGACGUAGUUGAUCGGCCGUCAAUGUCUGAUGUUGUGUUCAUGCUCGAAGGGUGUAGAGUCGGUCCGGCGAUUUCCUUGUCCGCCGAUCCUACUUCUCCGGCCACCGCCGCAGCUUCUUGAAGAUGUUUGAUUUUCAACUUUAUAUAAUUAAUUUUUCAAAUAUUUUUUCUUUGUUUUCUUUUCUUUUGUGGAUAAUGCUAGUUUUUUCUUUUAUGUUGACUUUUAUUGCGUUGUAUCUUGUCACGGGUACGACAGUCCAAAUUUUAAGUCAUCAAA